CAUAUAUAGCCUACUCACUCGCACUCACACGCGCGCACACACUCCUCGCUAGUAGCAUGGAUGAUAAUGAUGAUGUAGUGAUAAUUGGAGCUGGGAUUUGUGGACUAGCAACAGCCCUUGCUCUUCACAAGAAGGGGAUAAAAGGCGUAGUAAUGGAGAGAUCUGAAAGCCUGCGAAACGUCACGGGGGCAGGAAUCGCAGUGCGUCCAAACGGGUGGCGAGCUCUGGAUCAGCUUGGUGUGGCGGAGAUCCUCCGCCACACUGCUGUCCCUCUUAAUUGGGAACGAGACAUAUCUCUUGAUGGAGGGAAACAAAAAGAAACUUCAUUGACCCAUUGGGAUGGUGAAACGCGUUGCUUGAGAAGGAAAGAUCUUAUUGACACUCUUUAUGCCGCACUCCCUCCAGGCACUGUAAAGUUCGGCUGCCAACUUGAAUCUAUAAAACUUGACCCGCAUUCUAACAAACCAGUUCUUCGGUUCAUCGAUGGAAGCUCCUUUGUAGCUAAGGUAGUAAUUGGUUGUGAUGGUGGCAAGUCAGUAGUUGCCGAUUUCCUUAACCUCAAACCUACAAAGAUGUUUCCGUUAUGUGCAGUUAGAGGUUUAACAAGCUACCCAACUGGUCAUUCAUUCGGCCACCAGUUAAUUCGUUUCAGGAAAGAUAACAUUCUUGUCGGAAGAACUCCAAUCCAUGAUAACUUGGUUUUUUGGUUUUGUGUGCUACCCAACAUUCGUAAAGAUCAAAAGCAUUGGGAAGAUCCCGAGGCAAUACGACAAUCAACCCUAGAGUUGGUAAGCGAUCAUCCAAAUGAAAUUCGCGAAAUGAUAGAAAACACAAACAUGAAGUCGUUAUCUAUUACACACUUGAGAUAUCGUGCACCAUGGGACUUGUUAUCGGGAACAUUUAGUAAAGGAACAGUGACGGUUGCUGGUGACGCUAUGCAUAUCAUGGGCCCAUUUUUGGGGCAAGGUGGUUCAGCAGGGUUAGAAGAUGCGGUUGUGUUGGCUAGAAUAAUGGCUCAACUGGGGUCGACCAGUGUUGGAAGUGGUAGUAAGGUAACAACCCCAGGAGUUGAGAAAGCGUUUAAUCAGUUCGUAAAACAACGAAGGAUGAGGGUGCUACGACUAUCAUUACAAACUUACCUUAUUGGUAUGUUAUGGGGUACUUCUUCACUUUUAAAGAAGAUUCUAUAUUAUAUGUUAUUGAGUCUUCUGUUUCACAACCAGAAUAGUCAUACUAAUUAUGAUUGUGGUUUUCUUUGAUACGUUCAAAGAUCUGUUUAAUGUAUUACUAGGUGUUUCUAAAGAUUUUUUUGGGCUGAUACAAAGAUACAAAUUCAAUAAGUUGUAAUACAUAUAUACACACACGCUUUUAAAUUUUAAUAAAACCUGAGUUUAUAUUACUUUCA